AUGUCCCAACAAUUCCGAGACGUCGUCAGACAGAUGUUCACUGGCAAAAUGCUCACUCAUGCUAUCCGUGAUAAGGAUAAUUCAACGACAUUGCAAUUGGUCCAAGGAGUCAAUGAUCACAGUGACGAUAAACGUCAAUCGGUUGUUUUGUGUUCCACCAACGGAACUCUGGUCUCUAGUCUUCCGGAGGAUCGAGGAGUGAAAACGAAAGACAAGGCCGUCCAAUGUAAUCCCGACUUCUUCGAUGAAGAAAAUGAAGUCCCAUUCGAUCCAUUUCUUGCCGAUCUAGCCAUUAUUGUUGAAGGGCCUGGCUCCCCUAUGCGUAUCAAAAAUACAGAAUCCACAUUUGAUUGCUUAACCCAAUGCAGUACCGAAAUGGACAAUCAAAUGUUCAUUAAGCGAAAAAGCUCAUUACUUCGUGCCGCCCUCAAGAAAAAUCAGCAAUUGUCGGCGAUGGUGGCUCGUGUGUCCUCUUAA